AUGUUUAGUUUUGUUGUAAAAUUAUUAUUUUUUAUUUAUUUUUUGAUAACUUUCUCAAACGCUUCUCAUAUUAGGUUUGGUACAUUUAAAUGGCAACCAACUACUCAAUACAAUGAAAUACAAUUUACUCUUGACCUUGGCUUCAGAACCAGUGCCUGGUUCUCCAAUUUGCCCCAAAAAAAUGAUUUUAUAAAAAUUUCUUUCAAUUUUGGAGAUAAUGUUGUGAGUACUUAUCAAUUAAUACUAACAACGGUUGACUCUAAAGAUGAUUGGUUUACUGGCACUUCAGUAUUUUCCCACACAUACCCAACAUUGGAAGUAGGAAAAACUGCUAACUAUACUGCCUUCUAUUCGUUGUGCUGUAGAAUCAGUACUCUUUUGAAUGAAAAAGAUGGUGAUUUUACAAUAAAAUCAUUGGUACAAAUUGAUAAUAGUAAUUCACUUGAUAAAAUUAAUUGGUCACCAGUAUCAGGAAUGGUACCUAUCUAUCCAGUAACAUAUGGUAGAAAUAAUAAUUUCAAUAUCCCUGCCUCUGAUCAACAUCUCAGACCUGGAGAGUAUUCUAAUCUUGUGUUUACAUUUGGCGAAGCAAAGCCUGAUGGGAUGACACUUGAUAAAAACACUGGUAUGGUAUAUUUCAUGCCAUCAUCUGUUGGUUUAUAUUGCGCAAAGGUAAUAAUUACAGAUAAAAAUGGUGCGUAUAUAACUCUUGACUUUAUCCUCCAAUCAGAGAUACAAAAUGGGUUUUGUCAUCAUCAGUGCAAUAACAGUGGUGAAAUUUGUACAAAAAACAGUGACUGUAUUAAUUGUGGCAAUUUAGUAUAUAAUAAAACACAAGACGCUUGUUUAUCAACAAAGCCUAUUUUUAUUUACCCACCAACUCCAAAGCCCAAUCAAACACAAACAUUUGUUAUUGGUGAGCAAAAUGAAGGUUUUAAUGUUUCUUGUACAACAGAUGCAAUUGGUUUAAACACAACUAUUCAACCUGUCGGUUUUCCAAUUGGUUUCAUAACAAAAAUUUUAGAAAUUGGACCAAAAUCAACAAUAAAUUUAUUAUGGUUCCCGACAUCUUUUCAAGAUUAUGGAACAUAUGUUAAAUAUAUAGUAUGUACCGACUCUUUGAUAAAAAUUACAACUUCAAUAGAAAUUAUUAUUAAAAAACCUGAUUGUUCAAAUGGGGGAUUUAGAGAUAAAGGUAUUUGUGUUUGUCCAAAGAAUUUUACCUCUGAAAGUGAUUGUUUAGAUUGUUCAAAAGGAUAUUAUGGAGAAAAGUGUAUUGCUGUGCCACUUUGUGUCAAUGGUGUUUCCAAUAGUGGAAUUUUGGGUGAUGGUAAAUGCUAUUGUAACAAUGGUUGGAUUGGCGAUGAUUGUUCAAUUUCAAACAGUCAAUCAUGUGGGUCAUUAAAAAGUGGUGUUGUUAGUUCUUCAAUUAUGGAGCAAUCAUAUAUUAACCCAGUAGGCAUUCAAGUAUAUUUGGCAAAUAAUCAAAAGUAUCAAAUACAAGUCAAUAUUAAAAUUCCAGAGAAAAAUAAAUUAAUUGAUGUUUACUUUUUGAUUGAUAUUAAUCAAAACACUCAAAAUGAAUUCAACAAUAUUCUAUCUCAAUUGAAUGACGCCAAAACGAAAAUUUUGGAACUAUCUCCUGAAAGUGUAUCAUUUGGGUUGGGCAUUAUUGAUGAAAAUGGUUUAUUCGCUGAUUUAGCUAAAAUUCCAUCAGACUCUAUUGUAACAUCACUAGAAAAUAAAAAAUGGAGUGGCUAUAAUCAUACAAUUACAGGAAAAUCUUUAUCGGCUGCAACCAAAGCAGCAAAGACUCCACUAGGUUGGAGAACGAAUGCCUUUAAGUCUAUGAUCAUUAUACCAAGAACAGAUCUUCCUUUAAGUCCCAUCCAAACAGAAAUAGAUGAAUUUAAAAAUGCAUUCAUUGAAAAGUCAAUUGCUCCUGUAGUUAUUGGAAUUAAUGUUUCUCUAAGUAAUUGGAAUUCAACAUUAUAUCAAUGUGGUUUUGGAGCUUAUAAAUUAUCAUCUGAUGCUCAAGGUUGGAAAAAUUUUGUAAAGACAGCAUUCAAAGAAACAUCAAGCUCAGUAUUAGGUAAUGGAGUGUUACAGAAUAUUAUAUUUAAAGUUAAUGAUAACUCUGGUGGUCUUGCAUUUUUAAAAUCAAUUCCAGAAAAUUUACCUAUAGAUGCAGAUAUUGAAGUUGUCAAAACUUUGUCUGGUCUUUCUUUAUCUUUACCAAUCAAUUACAAUAGUAGUAUAAAUCCAUCACUUAGAGUGUGUACUAUAGGAUAUGGUUGUAUCGAUAUUAAAACAAACUACAAUCAUCCACCAACACCAAAUCCAUUUGGAAUUUCUUGUAAUCAAAACUCUGAUGCUAUAUUUCAAUUGGAAGGCUCUGAUCCAGAUAGAAAUAUUUUGACCUUUAAAUUUACAUCAUUUUUAUCGAGUACAGAAGGUUUAAUUAAAACAAGUAAAGGUAUUGAUGUUUCAACUCAAAAGGAUGAAUUAUACGCAGGAAGUGAAAAAUUUACAUUUUCACCUUAUAAAAACUAUUUGAAAUCAUUGUAUAUUAGUUUUAUUGCUGAUGAUGGUUGUUUAACUAGUGAUUCAAGUGCAAAAGUUUCAUUCUCUAUCAAUAAGGUGAAUCAACCACCUGAAUGUAGUUCAGCUAUUGUUAUAUCUGAAUUUGAAAAAACGGUUGAUUUUUCAUUUACUGCUACUGAUUUUGAAGAUGAUGAUCAACUAUUAAUUCUUAAUGCACAGUUUAUUGUGAGCUCAGAGCUAGCAUCCUUAGAACAAUAUGGACAACUAACAUAUAUUGGUGCUAAAGUAACUAUAGAUACAAUAAUUAAAAAGAGUGUGAAAAUACUUUUCAAACAAACAAAGAAUCCAUUAAAUCUUUUAGUUCCUUUGACUUUCAAAUCAAAAGAUUCAUCUGGUUUAUUUUCAAAUUUAUGUACCCAAACUAUUAAUAUUACACAUACGAAUGAAGCACCAAUUUCAAAUGAUGGAACAUCUGUUACUAUUCCAAGAAGUAUCGGGAAUCCCCUAUCUUUAUUAUCAACUGAUAUAGAUUCAAAAUCUGCUAUAUUUACCAUAAAAAAGGUUAAUGCUGGUAAAACAGGUACAUUCUAUUCAUGCACUGAUAAUAGCUGUUCUUGUGUUGCUGGAUCAAAUGAUCGUAUCGAUAUUACUGACAAUACAAAGUAUUCACAGAUUCAAUACGCCAAAAAUCAAGCCAGUCUUCCAAUUUGUUUCACCAAUUCAGAACCUUCUGCAGUUCCAAACUAUGCAUUCAUAUCAUUCACAUCAACUGAUGAUGAAGGUUUAGAAUCAAAUUUGGCCACUGUAAUAGUUAAUAUUGUUGGUUAUCGUACUAAUGUUGCGCCAGUCGUAAAUAAAAUUCAAGAUUACAGUGUUUAUCAAGAUUAUUUAGAUUCUGAUGCACAUGUUGUAACUGGUACCGAUGCUGAUAUCGAUGAUUACAAUCCACAAAAUGCUAAUAAUUUAAUUGCUAUAAUUACAAAUCCACCAUCGAAUGGUAUUUUAGUUACUGUCCAAAAUGGUAGUUCUAUAGCCAUUCAAGGAAAUGCACCUUUCACUCAUUAUUAUAGACCAAAUCCAGGGUACGCUGGUACUGAUAGUUAUUCAUAUCAAGUUAUUGACACAUUUAAUGCAAAAUCAUCAAUUGAAUCUACAACUAUUACUAUCAAACCAAUUAAUCAUAAACCAAAUGUUUUGAUUGAUGUUUAUAAAUUUACAUCAGAGAGUGGUGAUGGGGUUAUAGAAACUUUAAAUACCAGUGACCAAGAUGGUGAUAAUGUAAUUUGCUCAGUAAUAUCCCUUCCAAAACAAAUCCUUAUGUAUGAUGACAAAGGUGUGCAAAUAAAAUCAGUGCCAAUGGUGUUACCAAAUAAUGCCUAUAGUUUUAAAUUGUUGGACCCUUCAAUCAUUACACCAACCCCAUUUUCGAAUGUUUUAAGUACCUUUAGCAUUAACUGUGUUGAUGAUAGUGAAAAAACAACACCAAAAGGUGUAUUGUCAACAGGUGAUGUAAUAGGUAAUGUUCAAUACUAUUACAUAAACACUCCACCAAAAACUAAUAUUAGUUCAGUUAAACUUUCACAAGAUUCAUUCAUUGCAUUUUCUUUUGAAGGUUCUGAUAUUGAAUCCAAUGAAAAGCUAUUAAAAGUUUUAUUGUACUCUCUACCAAUCAAUGGUAAACUUUCCAAAUCCAUUGAUAGCAAUGUGGUUUUGACAAAAGAAUUGAUUGGUGGAGACAAUACUUUUGGUUUGGAUGAAUUAACAUAUACACCUUUACCAGGUCAAUCAAAUUGGGAUACAGUGGAUCAUUUAGGUCCAUUGGAUAGAAUUUCAUACUCAAUCGUCGAUCCACAAGGUCUUUUAUCUCCUUCUUCAACAAUAUCAUUCCAAGUUAGAUCUAGAAACCCACCAAUUUACCUUGGUGACUCUGAUAUUAGUGUAUUACAAAAUACUCGUUUCCCAUUAACAAUUGAGGGAGAACUUGGUGGAGGCGGUUUAUCUGUUAGUAUACGAGUUUUAAGUUUCAGUGGUAGAGGUAAUUUAUCAAUUUCCCAUAGUAUGGGUAAAGAAGGUUUCUUUGAUAAACUAAUAACAGAGUACCCAAGCCAACAACUUGGUUCAACAUCCUACAAUUUUGCAUAUAAUCCACCAAGAAAUCAAUUUGGUUCAAACUUUGAUCAAAUUCAAUUUAUUUUAUUUGAUAAUGAUAUUAUCUCUAAAAUUUAUAAUAUUACAGUUAAUGUUAUUCAUGUGAAUCAACCACCAGCCACUGAAUUAAUAAGUUAUAGAAUUUUAAAUCAAUUUGAAAAAGAAAUUCAAAUUGAUGGUUCAACAAUUAAUAUGAAUGUUAAUGAUUCUGUACUAAUUAAAAUUUAUGGUAGUGAUAUAGAUAACCAAACAGUCCCUUUAGUUGCUUUAGUUUCAAAUCUUCCACUUCGUGGUUUAAUUUAUUCAUUUGAUGAUAACUCCUCAGACUAUUUAGGAAGAGAAAUCAACCAUACAUCUCAAUUAAUUCCACUAAAUGAAGAUGGCUAUUGGUAUGUAAUUUUCAUACCAACUAAAGGUACAACUGGUGAUAAUUAUGCUCGUGUUCCAUUUAAUGUUAUCGAUGAAAAAGGAGUUGUGUCACAAACUUCCACUGUAAUUAUAAAUGUAAACUCUGUUAACCUUCAACCAAAAAUCUACAUUGGAUCAAAUUCAAACACUUUUGUAGGUAAAGUUAAUCUAACCAUUUCAAUUACAAAUAUAACAUUGGAUGAUCCAGAUUCAGUUAAUAAUAAUAUUUCAUUAAUUGUAUCAAUUGUUGAUGAUAAUGAUGGUGAUGAAGUUUUACCACUUUCCAUUAUUAAAUUAUCCUUUACUCAAGCCACUCCCAAAUGUAACCCAAAUCUAAAUCUUGCCCUUAUCACAUGUAUUGGAUCAAAGAAAUCUCUUAAUGCAUCAAUAUCAACAAUCUCAGUCAUUGGUUCAAUUAGUGGAAAAUAUCGUCUAAAAUUAUUCAUUGAUGAUUUGGGCUAUAGUGCACCAUCAACAGUUAGAGCUGAAUCACAUUUAAAUGCAACUGGAUAUGUGAAUAUUAUAAUUAAUGACCCAAUUGCUACCACCCAAAAUACCGACAAUAAAACAGUUUUAUCAGGCGCAAUUGCUGGUGCUUCUGCUGGUGCAGCAUUACUUGUAAUUGGUUUAUGGAAAAUGAUAAAAAGAUCAUCCCCACCAACUGAUACUUUCUUUGAUGAAGGUGCUUUUAUGGGUGAUGUUUCAAGUAGUCCAAUUUACGAAAAAUCUGAAACAUCAUAUGUAUCAAGAAUUUAUGAAGGUGCCGAUGAUUAA